UAACAGAUAAAAAAAAAUGUCUUCAGCAACAAUAGUUGGAGAAUGGAGUAUUUAUUAUAUUAAACAAACUUUCAAUAUUGUUUUGGAACGUUUACUUCUAAUCUGAUACAAAAUGAAACAACAAUAGGUAAUGGAAGAGGUUAAUUUGUGUAUGAGAAUGAGCAUAGUUAUUGAAGUUCUUGUGAUGGCUCUAGGAGCAGUUUUGGUUUCAUUGAUCCAUUUUUUGAAUGUUUUGAUUUUGAGACCAAGAUCACUAAGAGCAAAGCUUCAUAGGCAAGGUAUUGAUGGUCCUUCUCCUCAUUUCUACUUUGGUAACAUCAAAGAAAUGAAGACCCUUUUACUCCAACAACAAUCUCAAGUCAAACAAAAAAAACAAGAAGAACAUGGUUUUGUUUCUAUAUCUCAUAGCUGGACUACAACUUUGCUCCCUCAUAUUCACAAGUGGACAAACCAAUAUGGUCCCACAUAUUUGUUUUCUACUGGGAGUAUACAAUGGUUAAUGGUGACAGAUAUGGAGAUGGUGAAGGAAAUUAUCCUAAACACCUCUUUGAAUCUUGGAAAGCCUUCUCAUCUUUCCAUAGAUAUGGGACCACUCCUUGGCCAAGGUAUAAUAUCAUCAAGUGGUCCGAUUUGGGCACAUCAGAGAAAGAUAAUUGCGCCUGAGUUGUACCUAGACAAGGUGAAGGCAAUGGUUGAUCAAAUAGUUGACUCCACAGAUAUAAUGCUAAGAUCUUGGGAGAGUAGAAUUGAAAGUGAUGGAGUAGUUUCAGAGAUAAAAAUUGACGAAGAUCUGCGAAGCUUGUCAGCUGACAUAAUUGCUAGAGUUUGUUUUGGGAGCAAUUAUGUCAAAGGAAAAGAAAUAUUCACAAAGCUUAGGGAUCUUCUAAAACUCCUCUCCAAGAUAUAUGUUGGAAUUCCUGGUUUUAGAUACUUGCCAAACAAAAGCAAUAGACAGAUAUGGAGAUUGGAGGAAGAGAUUAACUCAAAUAUAUCAAAGCUCGUAAAACAGCGCCAAGAGGAAGGUCGCGAGCAAGAUCUCUUGCAAAUGAUACUUGAGGGUGCUAAGAAUUGUGAGGGGAGUGAUGGCCUGUUGUCAAAUUCAGUCACACGAGACAGGUUCAUUAUAGAUAACUGCAAAACUAUAUUCUUCGCUGGACACGAUACUACCUCAAUUACAGCGUCAUGGUGCUUAAUGUUGUUAGCUACAUACCAAGAUUGGCAAGAUCGUGUUCGUGCGGAGGUGCUUGAAGUUUGUGGAAAUGAUAAUCUAGAUGCAAAUAUACUUAGAAGCAUGAAAACGUUAACCAUGGUGAUUCAAGAGACUUUGAGGCUUUAUCCGCCAGCAGUAUUUCUCACCAGAACAGCUUUCCAAGAUAUUAACAUAAAAGGUAUCAAAGUUCCAAAAGGAAUGAAUAUUCAGAUUCCAAUCCCAAUAUUGCAGCAUGACAUUGAUAUUUGGGGGGCCGAUGCACACGAGUUCAAUCCUGAAAGAUUUGCAAAUGGUGUGCUUAGAGCCUGCAAGAUUCCACAAGCUUAUAUGCCAUUUGGAAUCGGUUCUCGUGUCUGUCCAGGACAGCAUUUAUCCAUGAUAGAAUUGAAGGUGUUUUUGUCGCUUAUUCUGUCAAAGUUUCAUGUCUCUCUUUCAUCAAGUUACUGUCAUUCACCGGCCAUUCGCUUGCUUACAGAACCUGGUCAUGGAGUUGUUCUCAAAAUGACAAGAGUUUAAGCAACAAUGUAAUUAAAAUACUUCUCCCGUUGUUCGUUAGGUUUCCUUUUUCAUUUUCCUUGUGAAGGUUACUAUUAUAGUAAUAAUUAAUAAGACAAACAGUUCUCUUUCAAAUCAAUGAUGAGAACAACAUGUGCAAUGUUAUCACCUAGGACUUUUGAACCAUUUGCAUUUCUCUUUUGCUUUUUCACUUUUAAGAGUGUUUUUUUUAUAGUAUGGAUUAUGAUGAAAAGGGAAAUGAAGGAGAUAUAUGCUUCUGUACCACUCAUGUCUCAUGGAAAUGUGACAGAAUUUGCUCCAAGUGUGCAUAAUUGAAAUUGAGUUCUUAAUGUGCAUCUUUUGGAACAUA